GUACAAAUAAGGAGGCGAUGCUAAGGUCAGAGGCCGGUAAUGUCAACCUAACCAAAGGUGGUUGGGUUAGACGUAGGCGGGCGUCAUACCCGGGUCAACAGACACCCGGCUUACAGUACACUCAGCGCACGUUUACGCACCCGGACUACGACGAGGUGACUCUGGCCAACAACGUGGGCCUCAUAUCACUCGCCCAGCCCUUUGACGUACAGAAGGCCGAGGGAAAGAUCAACAGUAUAUGCGUUCCCCACUCACUAAAGGAGGACCAUUCAGGGGAACAACACUACGUGAGCGGUUGGGGUGCCAUCGAUGGUGUCAUCGAGUUUAAGCCAAAGCUGCAGAUAGUGAAGGCACAGGUGGUUGACUGCGAGCCCACAGCACCGGUAGUUGCGAAUCAGAUAUGUGUGGUCCAGGACUUGGAUGACUCGGUUGAGGACUGUGUGGGUGAUUUUGGUGGACCCCUAUUUGCCACCAAUGGUAACACAUCGACAUUGAUUGGUCUCUAUUCGUCGGGCAAUGGCUGUAGUGUUGAUAAUACGGCAAAAUUCAUAGAUAUUAAGCCGUAUAUGGUUUGGAUUAUUGAGAAUUCAAAGCCCGCUUAUGGAGAAUAAUAUGGGUUUUGAUUCUGUAUUUAAUUUAUAAUCAUUUUAUAUGAAAAUAUAAUAAACAUUAUUUUGCAGACAAUAA